AUGGCAGGAGGAACGGUCAUUUGUAGUCGUGACGUCACAAGAACAGGUCCCAGUGACAGCGGGAACUUUACUUUUACGGAAUGGUUUAACACGUACCAGUAUGAGAUCAACUGGCAAAUUGACUUGGCACCCGAAGACCAUUUCAAAAGGGAAGAGACCUGUAGAUUCAUGGAUUGCAGAUCUAUACGCCAUCAUCAGAGGAUGGAGGACUCAUAUCUGAUGUUUGGUUAUCUGAGGCUUGGUAUCUUUGAGGAGAAUCAAUUUGAUCUAUUACACCAAAAUUGGGAGAGCAAGACCUUUGUCUAUUUUGGAUUAUAAUUUCACCUGAGUCAUCCAUUAUUUGAUUAAAAAUGACCAAACAAUA